AACACCGGAUUUUCGGGGGCUUUCCAACGUGGAGGCAGAAGGACGCGCAUUCCUGCAUUGUCCCGAUUGACACGCACCUGCCAGAGACUGUUCGGCCAACAAAAGAAGUCAUGUACAUGGGUAACAGUGGAAUGAGGUCGUGGGAGAACCUCAGAUGGUAAAUCGCCGACUCGUCACAGUGACAGUGCUAUUUGCUACUAGUCAUUCCACACUCCGCUGUUUACCGAAAUGAAGGUGCUGCUGUUGAUGGUGUUUUGGCUGCAACUGGUAGCGAGCGAGGACGUCGUGGUGACGACGGUGUACGGACAACUCCGAGGCAGUCGGGAAAAGUUCGGGGAGAAAUACGUGGACACAUUUAAAGGCAUUCCUUUUGCGCAGCCACCCACCGGACCUCUUAGGUGGGUUUCCCCUCGUGACGUAUCUCCGUGGAGCGGAGUGAGGGAUGCCACAUCGUAUGGCCCGGCCUGUCCGCAACCCGACAAGACACAGCCUGGGGUCAACGUAACUCUCGACGAAGACUGCCUCUAUCUGAAUGUGUUCGCUCCGCAGGUGACAGCGCGUAAACCGGUCGAUCGAUCACACAUGGACUCAAAUAUGACGUAUCCCGUGAUGGUGUUCAUCCAUGGUGGGGCGUAUGUGUCCGGGACCGGGGCCAUCUACGACUCUACGGUGAUAGCGCUGAGAGACGUUGUCGUUGUCACGAUCAACUACAGACUAGGAGUGCUGGGGUUUUUGUCGACCGGAGACAGUGCGGCCCCUGGUAAUUUCGGAAUGCUGGACCAAGUCCUUGCGCUCCAGUGGGUAAAGAAAUGCAUCUCCAGUUUUGGUGGAAAGCCUAACCAAGUGACUAUCUUUGGAGAAAGUGCAGGUGCUUCCAGUGUGUCUCUACACCUCAUAUCUCCUUUAUCCAAAGACCUAUUCAACGCGGUUAUCUGUGAAAGUGGAGUUUCGUUGACGCCGUGGGCUAUUGCCACCAAAACCGACAGUCUACCUCCAAGGAAGCGAGCGGAAAUGUUAGGCCAAGAUCUCGGGUGUCCUGAUACGACCUCGAGUUCUAAACUAGUCGGAUGCUUGAGAUCAAAGACGGCGGAUGCCCUGACUGAAGCUGGAAAGACAAUACCACCGUCUCCAAGUCGUUUAGAGUGGAGUCCUGUAGUCGAUUCUGUUUCAUCACCUACUGAUUCGUUUUUGCCCGAAAACCCCCAAGCUCUAGUUAAGAAGGGUAUGUCUGCUAAGGUGCCUGUAAUCAGAGGUAUCAACAAAGAUGAAGAUUCCAAUGAUCUUGCUAGUAUACCUGGAAUAGAGAAAGGAAUGACACUGGACUACUUUAAGAAUUUAAUUCAUGAUUUCGCCAAGAACCGAUACAGGUCAAACCAUGGGAAAAUAGAGGAAGCCAUCAGGCAGAUUUACAUCCCUCCAAACAUGACGGACCCUGUAGCAGUCAGGUCGUCGUGUAUUCAGUUUUUAAGUGAUCACGACUUUUUCGCCCCCACUGACUUGGAGACGAACCUGAACGCUAAACUACAGACGGACAACCCCAUCUUUCUGUACGAGUUUGCAUACAGGGCAGAACACGACCCGUCACCGAAAUGGACUGGUGUACCUCAUACCGCGGAACUGCCAUACGUAUUUGGAAUUAUGUUUUCCAAACGGAAGUUGACACCACAGAAAUGGACAGAGAAGGAUAAACAGAUGAGCAGUGCUAUUAUUAAAAUGUGGACAAAUUUUGCAAAAUAUGGGUAA